UUCUCAUUAAAAGAAAUGUACGAAAAUCAGUAAUGAGAAUUGAUCUUAAUCGUGGAUCCUUAAACGUAUUAUUCAUAUUUUCCGGACGAAAAACCUCUUUUGUAUUCUCAGCGACACUUGUCUAAGCCGCCAUUGUUUUAGCUUUAUGCUGCCUGCAAUUACAGAAAUGUAUGUUUGUUGACAUGGCUUUAUUUACGUGAAGCAAAGGAGCUCAGUAUCAGUUUAUUAUUGUCUAUUUCGUUGGCAAACGACCUCGACUGUACUGCAUGCGACAUCAUCCAGUUAUUCAAACCAUAUCGAGACAACAGCGGUAAGUUACGCGCAAGCGAGUGGAUACCAAAUUUCGUAGUAAAUAACUCAAAUGCUUCCUUAGCUCCAAUCACUUAGCGGAAAUUUCAUGCUAGCUCAUAUCAUAUAAAGUAUGGAAACGAGUUGAAUUAUGUUGUUUUAGUCCCACAGGGACGAGAAAAAGUUGGUUAGGCCUUAAAUAGUUGCGAGCAAGAUUUCGAGUUACCUGUUAGACUGUUAGAUUGAGACGCAAUUUUCUGUUGUCUCUAAUUCCCAUCCACACCAUCUUUACACCUUCGAUAUAUUACAAUAAGGCAUUCAACAAUGCUGUCAAGUUAAAUGCUUCAUAUUUGACGUAGAUUUAUUGCUAUUUAGAAGAAGUGUUAACUACAGUUUGUUCGAAACAACCAAAAACAAUUUAAAACAAGCAAGCAAGCAAAGAUCAAGAAAAAUCCGUCACUGUUUGCUAUUUUAAUUUAGCCUAAAUAAAACAGUCUAAAGGUAGACCUCCUUACCGCGCAGAGUCAGAGUGGUUUGAAAGUCGUAAGAAAUCCUUGUAAUAAAGAAGCUGUGUGCUUCGUUCAUGGCGCUGUAAAGUUAGCUAGUACACUGCUGCUUCACAACGAAUGAGGCCUCAAUGGGACUACCAGCUUUAACGCUUCAAAGCGAUGCCUCAGUGUGUCAGAUCUUUUAAUAGGUUUUAUCUUUGGUAGUUUGUAGUGCUGGAUAUGUAAUUAGUUAAGAUCUCGUAUCGGUGUAAACGGUAAUUUGCAAGUGUUAAGCUGUAAAUGGCUAAGUCUUUAUGUUGAUUAGGCAUGUUGUCUUUGGUGGUCAGGCCAAUGAAAUACACUUUAACCUUCCUUCUAGAUCUUUCAGGUUUCACUUGCACGAAAAUUCGUCUGAGAAGGAGAUGUUCAACAACACAAACGGAACAGAACGUCAAGGACUUUCUCCAGUCAACACUAUCAGCACCAACACUCAAGCAAUAGCUGAACUAGUUCCUGUUGCAUUACUGAUCAUCCUUGCCAAUGGGUUGGUGUUGGUUUUAUUCUCGAAAAGAACACAACUCCGUACACCAGCAAAUUACGUGCUUUUCAGUUUGGCAGCUUGUGACUUCAUCACCGGAGUCAUCAAUAUUCCCUUGUUCAUCGUAACUGCAUUCACACCGGCCAUCACUUCGUUCAAGGUUCGAUAUUAUAUGACUGUUCUGGUGAGCGUGCUAAACAAUUUUACAGCCAUAUUAGCUUGCUAUCACAUACUCGCUGCCACUACAGAGAAAUAUCUGUCGAUAAUCUGGCCAGUAACGCAUCGCUCGAUGACGAGAAAAACCGUUUUUAAAGUGCUUCAAGUUGUUUGGGUAGUGUCUUUCAUUGUGGCUUUCAUUCCCUUUGCCUGGGUCAACAUAGAGGAUAAAGAAACGCAAGAGAAAUUAACACUAGGCCAUGUCAUAUUCUGUCUCGUGGCAGUCUUCCUGUUGCCGUAUGCAUUCAUGAUCUAUGCUUUUGUGGUUAUUUUCAAAUCUAUUGCCAAAAGGGGCAAAGCGAAAGAAAACACUUCCUCACGGACCUCGCAGCUCAGUCGACAAGCCGCUCUCGAAAAAAGAUGCUUGAUUUUGUUCGCUUCCAUGGCAACAGUCUUCCUUGUAUGUUGGUUGCCAUGGUUUAUUUUGAUGUUGUUGUUCAAAGUAAAAGACAAUGUUAAAGAGCUGGAAAUCCCUGCUCACGCGUUUGUCCUCGUUAGGUAUACUACCUCUAUCAUAAAUCCUGUUCUGUAUACUUUCUUUAGGCGUGAUUUUAAAACAACUCUAAAAUCCUUGUUUCAAAACAAGAGAUCACGAUACUUUUCUUCGUCAUUGUUUUUAGAGGACAGUAAAGUCAAUGAACCAAGGGUAAAACUGACUGAAAAAAUGGCUGAAGAUGUUGUCUAGGACCCAAGUUCAGUCAGUGACGAUCCUUUCAAUUUGAAUAAUGAAAUUGAGUUAAGUUUUAAUGGAAAAAUGUUUUAAUAGAAACAGUUCUUUCAAGUCUAAAGUAAAUGUAUGAUGUACCGUGUCUGUUUGUUGAUGAAUUACGUGUGUUUAUAAAAAAUUGUAAGUAACUUCAAAUCAAUGAAAAUUAAUAAACUAAAAAAAAAAUUUAAGGUCCUGCGGGGACUCCCACUAGAACUCCCACUGUAUCAAAAGGACAAGGUCGGGGGUGCUCGUCGAAAAUUUUGAAAAGAUAAUCUCUGCUAUGUUGCGCUACGUUGUGCUGUUCUCUGCUACUAGUUUUUAGGUUGGGUUAUAGAGUGCCAUUGUGUGUCAUGCUGAAAUAAUUUCUUCUAUUCUCUGCUAUGUUGCACUACGUUGGGCUGAUUCUGCUACUAGUUUUUGGGUUGGGUUAUAGAGUGCCAUUGUGUGUCAUGCUGAAAUAAUUUCUUCUAUUCUCUGCUGUGUUGCGCUACGUUGGGCUGAUUCUGCUACUGGGUUUUGGGUCGGGUUAUAGAGUGCCAUUGUCUGUCAUGCUGAAAUAAUUUCUUCUAUUCUCUGCUAUGUUGCGCUACGUUGGGCUGAUUCUGCUGCUAGUUUUUGGGUUGGGUUUUAGAGUGUUAUGGUGUUUCAUACUGAAAUAUUUUGUUCUAUUCUCUGCUAUGUUGCGCUAAGUUGUGCUGAUUUGUAUCAAUAGUUUUUAGGUUGGGUUAAAGAAUGCCAUAGUGUUUCACGGUGAAUUAUUCUGUUCUAUUCUCUGCUAUGCUGCGCUACGUAAGGCUGUUUUCUGCCACUAGCUUUUAGGUUGGGUUAUAUAGUGCCAUGGUGUGUCAUAGUAAAAUAUUUUGCCAUUUUCUCUGCUAUAUUGGGUUACGUUGUGCUGUUUUCUGCUACUAGUUUUUAGGUUGGGUUACAGAGUGCUAUGUUGUGUCAUGCUGUAAUAUUUUCUCAUUUUCUCUGCUAUGUUGCGCUGCGUUGUGCUGUUUUGUACUAACACUUUUUAGGUUGGGUUUUAGAGUGCCAUGGUGUGCCAUGCUAUUUUACGGCCAGCACGCUCGAAACCAAGCGUGCAAUUAUUUUUACCCUGUCGAUUUCACUGAAAAGCAAGGUCAUCACCAGAUAGUUUAGAGUCCUCGGAACUGGGAAAUAUCGCCCAAUUUCUUGGAAAGCAAGAUUAAGGUGGCCAAAAUCAGGCUGCGCUUAGGCCGGUCCCGGCUACUUUUUCAGUGUUUAAAUUAAGUGGGGCUAUAUAUCGGCCAGCGAGCUCGAAACCGAGCGUGCAAUUAUUUUUUCCCCAGUGGAUUUUACCAAAAACCAAGGUCAUUACAAGUUAGUGUGCUGUUUUCUAGUGAUAGUUUUAAGGCUGGGUUAUAGAGUUCCAUGGUGUGUCAUGCUGAAAUAUUUUGCCCUAUUCUCUGCUAUAUUUUACUACGUUAGGCUGUUUUCUGCCACUAGCUUUUAGGUUGGGAUUAAGAGUGUCAUGGUAAGUCGUACUGUAAUAUUUUGCCAUAUUCUCUGCUAUAAUGCGCUAAGUAGUGAUGUUUUCUGAUUCUCAAUGUUAGCAUAGGUUAAAGUGUACCCUGGUGUCUCAUGCUGAAAUAUUUUGCCAUAUUCCCUGCUAUAUUUUACUACGUUAAGCUGUUUUCUGGCACUAGAUUUUAGGUUUGGUUUAAGAGUGUCAUGGUAAGUCGUGCUGUAAGAUUUUGCCAUAUUCUCUGCUAUAGUGCGCUACGUAGUGCUGUUUUCUGAUUCUCAAUGUGAGGU